UGUGUGUGUGUAUGUGUGUGUGUCAGUCGUGGCCAGUGUAAACAAACCUUUGGUCCAUCAGCUGGCGAUGACCCGUGACCCGUGAGGCUGCCCCGGCUACUCCCCACUACGCCCUGCUGCUGCUGUAUGGCCUCCUGACCUGCCGGGAAACAUAAUACACAAAGAAAAGACAACAUGGAGCCCGUGUUGGUGUUGACCGUGCUGUCUUUGGCUAUGCUGCUGGGCUGCUACAUCGCCGGCUCCAUUCCGCUCGUCAUGAACAUGUCUGAGGAUCGCAUGGAGGUGGUGACGGUGCUUGGGGCAGGACUGUUGGUGGGCACAGCCCUCACAGUCAUCAUUCCAGAGGGUGUCAACACACUCUUCAGUAUACAGUUGCACCAAAAGAGUCACACAACUUCUACGAGUGAGGGCCACAACCAUGGAGAGGCAGAGGAGGGUCAUGUAGAGCCACACAACCUGGUGGGGCCUCCUCUUGUUCUGGGCUUCCUUCUCAUGCUCAUCAUUGACCAGUUUGCCGGAGGACACAGGAAGCAAGUAGACCCUGAGAAUGGAAGCAAUCGUGGCCCACGGUCUUUUACAGCCACGCUAGGAUUGGUGGUUCAUGCUGCAGUGGAUGGCGUAGCAUUGGGUGCAGCAGCGGCGUCAUCACACACAGAUGUAGAGAUGAUUGUCUUCUUUGCAAUAAUGCUUCACAAGGCCCCCGCUGCUUUUGGCCUUGUGACCUUUCUCUUGCAUGAAGGUCUAGACAGAAACAAAAUCCGUCGUCAUCUAUUGAUAUUUGCUCUUGCUGCUCCAAUUGGUGCAGUCAUAACAUAUUGUACAAUUGUAAAGAGUGGCACAGAAACUUUCUCAUCAUCACACAGCACUGGUUUGGCCAUGCUUUUUAGUGCCGGCACCUUCCUCUAUGUGUCCACCGUCCAUGUCCUACCAGAACUAACCAGUCACAGUCAUGAAGGCGUUGGCAACACACACUUUUCACGAAAGCAACUUUCUGCUCUCAUCUGUGGCUCUUUAUUGCCACUGAUGCUCACCUUCGGCCAUCAUCACUGAGUCCUUGAGGACUGUUGUGCUGCUGAGUGAUGACUGUCAGGUUCUUAAGCAGCAUUUGAUGAUGCUGAACUGUUAUGUGAUAGACUUUAUUUCUUCAUAUCUUCUCUCAGUCCUGAGGAAUGUCAUUGGGCAUUUUGUUUGAAUCAUAUGAAAACUUAUAUGAAAAGACUGCAUUUUUUCACCAUAUAUACUUGAGUACAAGUCCACCUUUGAUAGAAAAAUACAAAAAUUUUGAAGCAGUUAUCUACUUUUCCCUCUAAUGAUAAAAUAAAAAUAAAUAAAUAAAUAACUAUGUGAAUUUGAUGGUGAAAAGUUUCAGACUAAAGUUCUCAAGAUUCUUUCAUUAUUUUAUUUUCCAUAUACAAAAAUUUGGUGAAUAUGUUGAUCAUGACCGGGUCUGUUUUUUGGAACAAGUUUGAUUUUUCUGCUCGAAAUAUGAUGCUUUUUCAAAAGGAAAUUUUUAUGAAAACUACCAAAAAUAGUUUCUUUUAUUUGGUAUCACACAGAUGAAUAUAAAGAAAAAUCAUUUUCAGGGCUUGCACCAAUAAAAAACAUCACCUUUUAAAAAGCAUUAAACAUUUAGCAGAAAAAUCAAACCUGUUCCCUUUGAUAAAGAAACAAAAAAUGAAAAUGAGGGAGGGUGUGCUGCCAGUCCGACACAACUACACUCUGCCACGCUGCUCCUGGCACAUCAUGCUGGCUGUCUCACCCUCACUCCUAAGUAAUGGCUAUUAAAGUCUUAUAAAAUUUCAUAUUAAUGCUUGACUUAACCAAGACUAACCUAACCUAGCCUAAUCUUACCUAACUUAGCUUAGCCUAGCCUCACCUAACCUAGCCUAACCUUACCUAACCUAAGCUAAUCUGACCUAAUUUCAUAAAUGCAUAUUGGAUUUACUAUGUGAAAUACUUCUUCAAAUAAUAAAUGGCAGAGGCUGCACACCAUCCUCACACCAAGGCAGAUGUAAGACUGGUUGCACCUUUACAGCUAUACAGAUUCAUAUUCAGAAGUUGUGUUUAAAGACUGCUGAUUGGGUGUGCUCAAACAAGUGAACUAAUGCGAAUGAGAUAUGCCAAGUCUGCAUGUUGUGACAUAACACACACACAUGCAAACACCUGCCCUGCCGUCCAGCAUUACCAAUAUACACAUGCCUGUGCAGCUGAACUCAGUAUCAUAUCAAUUGUAGGACGUGACAGGUGUUGUGUUUUUUUGUAAUGGGACAAAACAAAAACAGGGUUUGCACAACAUUUUCUUGGUAUUUCCAUAUUUCCAUAUUUGUUUUCACCUCAAGAAACAGUAGAGAGGUGAAGAAUGGUUAGAUCCAGACCUGGUCAUCAUCGACAUAUUAGCCAAAAAAAUGGUCUUUGUCCAAAAUAAGUAAAGCAAAAGUUUUACCCAUCAUACCCAAGUUCAAGUGUGGUAUGAUGGUUAGUGGUGACUCGGAGAAUACUUCAUGGCCAGAUGAAAUCUCAUGCUGAGGUGCCAAAAAUAUGUAAAUUGACACUAAGACUGCUGCAUUUACUUGUACUUUUAUGAAUUAAAGCCUGGCAUAUUGGAGAUUUUAGCUAGUUUAAGAACUUUAUAGAAUAAAUAUUUGAUGGUUGUUGUGUGACUGUCAUGAUUUUAAUGAAGCUUAAAAUGUACUCCCAAAACAUUUUGUGGAUGUAUAUGAAGCAUACAAAAAUCUCACCAAAAUGUAUUGGAAGACAGAGUUAUCAUUAUGCUGUACUUGUUUUUGUUGAUGUGCUGUGCUUUCUUUGCACAUGUUGGUGUCAUUUACCUUGGUGCUCAUUUGAUGUGUGCCUCAACAUGAUAACAUUAAUUACCAUAAAAUCUUCAUUUUUUGUGUUCAGACUGUAUAUGUCCCAAAUUUAUCCAUUCCUGCAGCUUCCUUGUCACUUUCAUAGCUUGAUUUUUUUUCCAUAAGGUCAACCAUAAUCUACCUAUUCUUCUUUUCCGUAUUUACAUUGCAAUUUAGAACUCACUUUCAUAUUCACCUUUCUUUUUAUCAGAACAUUUAAACUUGUUAAUUAAGAAAUGACAUCCUCCUUCCUUCACAUGCAUGGGGGCUCACAAGGAAGAGAAAGGUUAGUGUUUUUUUACUUUCUUGCUCAUUUCUUUACUUAUAUCAUGAUUUAGAACUUGUUCAAAUAAUUGCGAGCAUAAUAAGAUUUUUUUCAUCCAUAAAUUUAGACAGUUGAAAAAUGACAGUGCACAAGAGAGAGGUUGAGGUUAGCAGCAAAUUCUCAGGAGAGGCAUUCCUAUCUCUCUCUUUCUUCAAGUAAUUUUAUUUAUGAAAAGAGAUUGAUUAUGAGCAAAAAAAAAGGUUUUCAAUCACUGCUUGGUACCACUGUACUUCACCAUUGGCCUGAAGAGCUCUUAAUUACCAUGACUCCUAUGUUUAUGCACAAAGUGCUUUGUCAAAGGGACUAACUCCUGCAUUAGGGAGUUUGACAGAAUAGGGAUGAGAAAUAGUAGUAAGUCUUGUACAGUGAGGCUGUGAGAGGAGGGGAGGCAUUAGUUAGCAAGAUCAGCAGAGCAGUUAGCCUGAAAGUAGUGAUAGAAGAUAGCAAGAGAUGUGACACUGCAGUGAAGAGAGAAAGGCAAGACAGUCAGUUUAACUUACAUUUGUCUUAGAAAUUUGCAAUUUUUUAGCACAUCAAUAUGUCUUUUGACAUAAAGGUCAUGUAAUGCAGUGUACAUGAAGUGUACACUUGGCAGCUGAGGGCAAGAAUAGUCUUCACACAAAGAUGAGCCCUGAGAAUUAUUGUUAACAUUUGAACUGCACCAUUGCAUUUUAUACACUGCUUGUGUCUGCCCCCUCAGCUUAUCUGCCCCUUGUGUACUGAAGAUCAAUAUUGUGUCCAACUAAUCUUGUUUUUGAAGGUGGUUCUUGAAUUUUCCCCUCUUUGCUGCUGACUCAUGUUCAGGUUACUGGCAGAAAGAAGUCCAUCUCAGCUAAAA